ACAUAUUUUUUUUAUGAUAUAUUGAAAUUUGAUUUAUUAAAUUAUUAUUUAUACACAACGUUGGUUUCCUUUUCCUGUACUUAGCUAACUAUGUUUAAUUAGGAUAUUUGAUGUUGCUUUGUUUUUAUUUAUCAUAUCGAUUCUAAAAUUAGAUUUGGUAUUGGUCAGUGUAAUUAGAUGACCAAUCAGAUUAGAGUAGCCGGGAGCAUUGAUGCCUAGAGGGGGAUGCUGAUUAAGUUCAUUGUAUAGCCUUGUAGGAGACUGAAAGUAACACGUCUUCGGAAUUCAUUGGAUUUUAUUAACCAGACGACGAUGGAUGAGGGGCUUUUGGGAGAAGAAGCGAAUUUAAAGUCAUGCAUGGAAGACUGGAAUGAGCUUAAUAAAGAAUUUACACAACUAGAGGCCACACAUGAUCAUUACAAGAAAACUUUGGAAAAUUUGUGGGAUGCACAGAAAAAAUGUCUGUCUGGUAUUGCUCAUCAGCGAUAUCGCACAAAACAAAUCAGCGACAAAAUGAACAGAUUGAAAGAUACUUCCAAACCGGAGACCCAUGAAGCUCUCAAACAAGUCCGACUAGAAAUGCUGCACAGGAAAUCUCAGUUCAGAGAAAUGGAGGAGUUCUUGCCACAUAAAAAUGGGAUAUACUUGAGUAUUAUCCUGGGCUCUGUUAGUGUGUCUCUACUCAACAAAGAAGACAAAUAUGCCUACAAACAUAAUUAUGAGACGUUUAAAGCCACAGUGAGCUACUUUAGCAUGGCCCUGUCCUUAAUCCUCCUGUUUGUGUCGGAGUACAGAUGGUUGGAUGCAGUGUUGCACUUCCUUCUGGUGUGGUAUUACUGCACGCUGACCAUCAGAGAAAACAUACUAAUGGUCAACGGCUCCAGAAUCAAAGGUUGGUGGGUGACGCAUCACUUUAUAUCCACAGUUUGUGCAGCACUGACCCUUAUAUGGCCGGACAGCUAUACCUACAAGUCUUUCCGAGGCCAGUAUUCCCUGUUUAGCUGCUAUCUAAAUGCAGAGAUUCCGAACCUUAGCUCCCCAAGCCAACCCCUUUCCAGUGCCUUGCGUGCAUCAUUCGGUGAUGAUGACAGACUAGAUCAGGAGUUGCAGGGACUUUGGGAAGCUUCACUGAACCAGUCAACUCGCAAGACAUAUUCUUCAGCCUUGCAGUGUUUUCAGAACUUUAUGAUUAUGAAUGGUGCUAAGUUCUCCAAGCAUGGGUUACCUCUCAUACAAGAAUCAGACCUUGUUUAUUUUGUGACACAUUGUAAAUCGGUGCUGAAAUUGAAACAUGACACCAUUAAAUUAUAUCUUGCUGGCAUUAGGUUUCACUAUAUUAAGUCUGGAUUGGGCGAUGUCUUGAAAGGAUGCGAUCAGUUGCAUUAUGUGUUAAGAGGUGUUAAAAGAUUACAGUCAAAUGUCCAUCACAAGCGUUUUCCUAUUACUACAAGAAUUUUAGCACAAAUAUGGAAUGUUUUAGACCAGGGAGUUUUUUCUCCUUUUGUAGAUCUCAUGUUAAAAUGUAUGUAUUCAUGUGCAUUUUUUGGUUUUUUGAGAUGUGGUGAAAUCACAUGCAAAUCUCAGAAUGUAGAACAAUUUUUACAAAUCUCAGAUGUACAUAUUAAACCAGGAGGAAGUGCUUUUGUUUUGAAAUUAAGAACCUCCAAAACAGAUCCAUUUUCAAAAGGUGUUGAAAUUGUUAUUUUUGAAAAUGACCACUUUAAACCGGUGUACACCAUGAUAUCAUAUUUAGAUGCUCGCAAAUCUCUGUUUAGUUCAAACACUGGCAAAUCGCCAUUAUUUGUAGACAAUGAAUUUAACCUUAAACCCAUGCCAAGAGACACUUUUGUUCUGCAACUGAAAGAGAUACUCCUUCGGAUUGGAUAUGAUGAUAACAAAUUUUCAGGUCAUUCUUUUAGGAUAGGUGCAGCUACAGCAGCGGCUGCAGCUGGUGUUGAAGAUCAUGUUAUUAAAGAAUUAGGUCGUUGGUCUUCAGACUGCUACAACAGAUAUAUUAGAACAGAUGUAGAGGCUGUUCAAAAAGCACAAGUACAAAUGUCAUAUUUGUAAUAUGUUGUUUCUUUUUUUUUUUUUUUUUUUCUACUGUGUACAUGAGCCUAUUAUUUUACAUGUUAAAAAUUUUUUUUUUUUUCUUUUUUCAUGACUACCGGUUCUUGGGGGCUUCACUCAUUCCUUUCGUUCAUUUGGCGUUCAUUCCUGGGGGAAUUUUGCCCCCAAGGGAUUAUUUACUUAUUACAUACAUUAUUUGUUUAUAUGUACAUGUAUUGUAUUAGAACCUGUAUAUGAAUUAUGUUGGCAGGCGGUAUAUUGUAGAUAUUAGGUUGACACGUUAUUCGGGCAGGAAUCUCGGCCACGUCUAUGUUUCUCUGUAUAUACAUGGUUAAGCUCACAGAUCAGCUCGAGCUUCAUUGGAUUUGUAUUCGGGUUUGUUGGUUACCCGCUGGGAUCAGCCCCGGGUAAGCUCCCUGGGAUCAGCCCGGAGCUUCAUUUCCAUUCAGUUUUGCAUGCAUGGGGAUUUGCUCAUUCAGCUCCCUGGGAUCAGCCCGGAGCUUCAGUCUGUUUUCUCGCCCGCUGGGAUCACCCCGGGCAGCUCCUUGGGAUCAGCCCGGAGCUUGUUUUUUGUGUUCAUUAACCCGCUAGAUUCAGUCGCGGGUAGCUCCUUGGGAUCAGCCCGGAGCUUCAUCACUCCUUUUGGACCCGUUGGGAUCAACCCGGGGUAGCUCACUGGGAUCAGCCAGUUGCUUAGUUGUGGUUUUAGUCCAGAUGGUCGUACGUGACCUGCUGGGAUCAGCCCAAGGCUAGUUCACUAGAGUUAGUGUAGAGUAGAGUAGAGUACAUAUAGUUAUGUAGUAUUGGAGUUAUAAGAAUGAGAAGCCCCCAGAACGCCAAACUGUAUUUUAUUUUUUGUUGUUUUGUACAUAUUGUAUGUUCUUCUGAUGUAGGCAUGUAUGUUAGUAAUCAAUAUGAGUUUUCAGUUGGAUAUGUAAAUAAAUGUUAAACUCUGA